UAUGAAACAGACUUCCUACCGGAAGAUUCAAUUGCUGGCCUGUUGCCACUCAAAGGGGCUUUGCCCUCCCUGAAUCUGCCUGGGGGGCUUCUCUUUUGGGGACUAGAUGACUUCCCAUCCCUGCCCUGUGUCCCUUUGCAAUGGACGGAGCUGCAGGGGAGCAGGGCUGAUGUUUAGGGAGAGAUGCCAGAAAGCAGGAGAAGAAACCAUGGAUGGAAAUUGAUCAAAGAGAGAAGCAACCUGGAAUUAAGGAGAAACUUCCUAACAGUGAAGACAAUUAACCAGUGGAACAGCUUGCCACCAGACUUUGUGGGUGCUCCAACACUGGAGGUUUCCAAGAAGAGAUUGGACAACCAAUUUCAUCCAUGGAGCGGUUUUUUUUAAAAAAAAGUCUGGAACAGCCACCUAUCUGAAAUGGUUUAGGUUCUCCUGCUUGAGCAGGGGGUUGGACUAGAAGACCUCCAAGGCCCCUUCCAACUCUAUUCUGAUUGAUUGGUUGAACCAUUUGCCUGGAAUGGUGCAGUGUUACUAAUAAAGGAGAAUAUUUGUAGCUCAGGGUUUGAUACGAGGGGGGUCCUUGGUCCUCUCUGAGCUUGCUGGAUUUCUUGCAGACAUUUUAUGGGGGAGUGGAGUUUGCUCUCAGUUUAUAUUCCGGUGGCUUGCCCUGCCUGUGUUGGUGGGGGCGAUCUUAGAGGUUCUUUGGUUGGGUCCUUUACUGUUGGCUCUUUGGCAGUUUCUUGAUUGGGGUAUUGUUUACUUGAUAGUUGAUCUGAAGUUAACCUUGGAGUUAAUCUAUGCUGAUCUGGGUGCUGAUUGUUGGUGGAGAGGUGCUGGAGUCUUUUUGUCCUUUUUGGGGUCUGGGUGAUGGUAUAGUGUCUCCUGCUUGAGCAGGGGGUUGGACUAGAAGACCUCCAGGGUCCCUUCCAACUAUAAUGAUAAUGAUUAAAUAGAGUGAAGACAAUCAAAGAAAUCCCCCGUUUUCUGGAACAGCCACUGACUGAUCUCUUGUGUUCAGAGAGAGAGGGGGGGGGGGAGAGAGAGAGAAUUUAAGUUGUUAAAUGUUAAAUUCAAAUAAUUUAACAACCGGUUCUCUGCCCUAAUAGAAUAGAAUAGAAUAGAAUUUUAUUGGCCAAGUGUGAUUGGACACACAAGGAAUUUGUCUUGGUGCAUAUGCUCUCAGUGUACAUAAAAGAAAAGAUACAUUCAUCAAGGUACAACGUUUACAACACAAUUGAUGGUCAAUAUAUCAAUAUAAAUCAUAAGGAUUGCCAGCAACAAGUUAUAGUCAUACAGUCAUAAGUGGAAAGAGAUUGGUGAUGGGAACUAUGAAACGAUUAAUUGAAGUGCAGAUUCAGUAAAUAAUCUGACAGUGUUGAGGGAAUUAUUUGUUUAGCAGAGUGAUGGCCUUCGGGAAAAAACUGUUCUUGUGUCUAGUUGUUCUGAUGUGCAGUGCUCUAUAGCGUCGUUUUGAGGGUAGGAGUUGAAACAGUUUAUGUCCUGGAUGUGAGGGGUCUGUAAAUAUUUUCACGGCCCUCUUCUUGAUUCGUGCAGUAUACAGGUCCUCAAUGGAAGGCAGGUUGGUAGCAAUUAUUUUUUAUGAUUGAUUUCUUCCAACAACUAGUUCACCAAACUGCUCAGAAAGUUAACAGCCGGUUCUCCCAAAGUGGUGCGAACUGGCUGAAUCCCAGCCACUGCACCCAGGUCCAUUCCAACUCUGAUGGUGGUAAAAGCAACAAGCCCUUUUGUGGUUUUAAUGGGAUCUUCAGUUCUUUCAGCAUAAUUAUUCACCUGACCGACUGUCCUUGCAUGUUUGACACAUGUUUGGGUUUGGAGGCGGGGGGGGGGGCUUAUUGAGAGUUUGUGAGAGUUGGGGUGAGUUUCCAGCAUUACGAAUAAAUGAAAACGGGUGCUCUUCGUAGUUGUGGCUCCUUUUCCAUUCCGCUAAUGUGAGUCUGCAAGAAUAGUUUUUUUGGAUUUCUUGAAGCAGCUGCCUCGUUUCUUUCUAGAACGAACGGAUGAAUGGAAAGCCAGCUGGGCAGCCAGAGGGUGAAACAACUCUAUGGUUAGGCAAAGGGAGAUGGCAGGCAGAGAAAGCAGUUUGAGCCCGUCCUGAACAGACAACAAAGGAUUAGUUGUGUUGCUGAAUGCUAAUGCACUUUACUUCCUUAAAAGAACUCUGGUUUAGGGUCUCCCGUUUCCAUCUUUGGCUGGGCAUCCAAGCCUUUCAGUUCAAAGAUAAAAGUCUGCUUGUCGCUUCCACUUACACCCCUGUGGCAUUGCACUCUGUUAAGACCAAAUUGGGAAGAGAGAGACUUCCUUCGGACUUGCUAGAGGUUCUCCUGGGGCAUAAAGAAAAAUGGAGAUGGAGGAACACGGCUCAGCUGGUUCUGAAGGAAAAGAAGGCCACGAUCCCACCCUGUCUGAGAGCAGUGAAGAACAUUGGAAAAAAAUAGUGCGGGAGAUUUUGGAGAAGGACGUAGAAUUUCAUCGCUGGCGUUUCAGGGACUUCUGCUACCGGGAAGCAGAAGGUCCCAGAGAAGUUUGCAAUCGUCUCCACCAUCUUUCCCGUCAGUGGCUUCAACCGGAGCGACACACCAAGAGCCAGAUGUUGGAUCUGGUGAUCCUGGAGCAACUGCUAGCCAUCCUGCCUGUGGAGAUGUCCAGCUGGGUGAGGGAAUGCGGAGCAGAGAACAGCUCCCAAGCGGUGGCCCUAGCCGAAGGCUUCCUCCUGGGUCAGAUGGCGCAGAAGAAGCUGGGGGAAGAGCAGCAGAUAAAUCACUUCUUUUUAAAAAUGGAAUACGAUUUCCCUGAGGAGGUUCUGCUGGACACCGUAGGGAAUCCUUUGCAAACAGGGAUCCUGCAAGAAGAUGCCAGAGGAAUCACGUUGCAAGGGGACGAAUUGAUGCUGGCAAACAGUGUAGAGUCCUCUGUUUUUCUCUGCGGUGGAAUAGAAACCGUGGUUGACCCAAAUCAGGAUCUGGCCACUAUUGAAGAGCUAGCUGUGUAUUUCACAGAGGAAGAGUGGGUUCUAUUGGAUCAUGACCAGAAAACUCUCUAUAAGCAAAUCAUGGAAGAGAAUUUUGAAAUCAUGACUUCUCUCAGACGUGACCGAUAUAAAAUGAAAGAACACCCGACGGGAACAAAACCAUACAUGUGUUUGGACUGCGGAAAAAGUUUUGGUUAUAAAAUCAACCUUACCUCUCAUCAAAGAAUUCACACGGGGGAAAAACCCUACAAAUGCCUGGAGUGCGAAAAAUGCUUCAGCCAGAGUUCCAGCCUCAUCAAGCACAAACGAAUUCACACGGGCGAGAAACCCUACGUAUGCCUGGAGUGCGGAAGGUGCUUCAGCCAGAGUUCGAGCCUCACGAAGCACAAACGAAUUCACACGGGCGAGAAACCCUACACGUGCUCAGAGUGCGGCAGGAGCUUCGGGAAGAAGAUAAACCUCACCUCCCAUCAGAGAAUUCACACCGGGGAGAAACCUUUCCAGUGCUCAGAAUGCGGGAAGACUUUUAGUCACAAAAUCAAUCUCAUUUCUCAUCGGAGAAUUCACACCGGAGAGAAACCCUAUCGAUGUCGGGAGUGCGGGAAGUGUUUUAGCCAGAAUACGGGCCUGACGAAACAUCAGAGGACACACACGGGCGAGAAGCCUUAUAAGUGCUUAGAAUGCGGCAAGACGUUUGGUCAGAAGACGAAUCUCACCACUCACCAAAGAAUUCACACAGGGGAGAAACCGUAUGCGUGUUUGGCUUGCGGGAAGAGCUUCAGUUACCGGACUGCUCUGACUUACCACGAAGGAACUCACACCAAGGGGAAGCCGUAUAAAUGCUUAGAAUGCGGAAAGAGCUUCACUCAGAAGAUCCUACUCGUGAAGCAUUACAGGACUCAUUCAGAAGAGAAGAUGUUCCCCUAUUUGGAAUGUGACAAUCCAACCAUGUAUCUCGCUGCGCACCAACGCAUCUUCAAAAAGCCGAAACUGCACCAGUGUCUGCAGUGCGGGAAAACGUUCAGUCGGAGCACGGGGCUCCGGAAUCACCAACUCAUCCAUGAAGGCGGGAAGGAGUGCGCUUGCUUGGUCUGCGGAAAAAGCUUUGGUCACAAACUCAUCCUCCAUUGUCACGAAAGGAUCCACACGGGAGAGAAACCGCACAAGUGUUUGGAAUGUGGCAAAAGCUUUAAUCAUAAGAAAAACCUCUCGAGGCACCACCGAAUCCACACCGGGGAGAAACCGUACAGGUGCUCAGAAUGUGGGAAGUGUUUCAGUCAGAAAAUAGACCUCACCAAACAUCAAAGAAUUCACACCGGAGAGAAACCAUAUAAAUGCUCGGAGUGCGGGAGGAGUUUCAGCCAGCGCACCAACCUUUUCCAGCAUCAGAGCAUUCACACGGGGGAGAAAUACACCUGCUUAGAAUGUAGGAAAAGUUUCAGUCAUAAGAAAAACCUGACCAGACAUCAAAAAAACGCACACAAGGUAGAGAUAGUAUAAAUGACAGGCGAGUGUCAAUAAACAUUGGUAGGAAGGAAAAUUGCUCACCAAUCAACUUAGUACAUGGGGGAGAAACCCAUAUUUAUUAAUUAUUAUUUAUUAAUUAAAUUUAUAUACCGCCCUUCUCCCGAAGGACUCAGCAGCCAGAUAAAAACACAAUUGCACAAAAAUUAAAACAAGUUUAAAAAUCUGAUUCAAAUUAAGGCCGAAACAAAAUUUUAAAACUAUAAUAAAACCAUAAUAACCCUUAUUAAAAUUACUUUAAGCCACCCCUGCGCGGAAAGACAAAUUAUUUAUAAAUUAUUUGUUGGGAAUUCAUUCAGAUUAAAGUUUGACUCUCAGGCAAAAGUUAGGAGGAAGCAUGCAAUCAUAGGAAGAAUCACACAGCAGUUGGGAAUUUGUCAUACCAGUGUUGGUUUUUAUUGCAUUUUGGUAUUGUUAAUUUUAUUGUCUUCUUGUUCAUUCAUUCGUCCACAUUUUUGCAAACUGCCAUUCAUGUAAGGAUAAUUAACAUCUUUGGAUAGCAGAUUUUAUACUUUCAACGUAAAUUAAGAAUGCCCUCUUAUUAUUUUGGAUUCCAGAAAAAGAUCUCACUUUUCAUUUUCUCCACAUCCCUGUAAUAUUCUCAGUUGCCUGUUUACUUCCUAAACCUUUUUUUUAACCUUGGCAACUUCAAAGACAUGUGGGCUUCAACUCCCAGAAUUUCCUAACCGGCUGGGGAAUUCUGGGAGUUGAAGUCCACCCAUCUUAAAAUUGAAAACUAAAGUAUUCUGCCUUUUUCUCCUCAGGAAAGUGAACUUUAAAGGAGGAAAAAGGCGUUUGAAAAAUGGUGCUAUAGAAAUCUACAAAGCAAUCAGAUUUUUUAAAAAAUUAAAGUAUUAUGAAUACAUAAAGUGAAGAAUUGAGACAAUGCGGAUAGUAGGUCUUUUUAGGAAGAGUGUGUGUAAUGCACACAUUCCUCAGUACCUCAGUAUGUCUCUUUAGAAGAAUGUGCAAGAGAACAGAUUUAUCUCUGUCAAAUUGUCCUUCCUUGGAAAUCUGAUUUAAACUGUUGAAAAAUGUUUACAAUCGUUUUUUUAGAAAAAUUGACUUUUCAAUUAGGGAAAGACAGCAUACAUAUGAAGCACAUACGCACAUACACACAAGUAUACACAUCUACAACUUUGACAAUAGUUGACACGUACUACUGUAGUUUAUGGUAUUUUCAUUAGAACUACAUUUUUCCUCUUAUCGCAUCCAUAAUCUCAUUACUUUCCAUCUCACGUUCUUUAGAACUAUUUGGUCAUUACCUUAUAAUCUUUCUGACAUGCAGCAAAAGUUUUAAUCACAGGUCAAUUUAAUUGUCACUUGUUUUAAAAUAUAUAUAUAUAUAUAUUUGUAUGGUGCUCUUUGCUAUUGUAUUUGUAUGUGAUAAAGUUGGUUGUAGACCAUCCUGAUGUUCCCCAAAAGAAUGAAGGAGAACAUCUGUCAUUUUAAAUAAUAAAUAUGUUUGAGACUUUUUUCCCUUUUACGUGAUUCUGAGAAAAUAAAUAUCCAAGAAGGGAUUUGGUAAAAAAAAAUAGCUGAAUGCUGGCUGAGGGAGACAUUGGAAGGUAAAAAAUCCAGAAGUGGGAUAUUUUCCCUAAGCCUUGUAAGA